UGACAUGCGUGGCCACUCUGACUAGCCGUGUCACACAGGUAAACUCGGGGCUGGUUAACAUGAGCUUACCUUCUUAAUAGUCGUAUUAUAGACUGCUCCCUAUGUGGAGGUAUUGUAAACAUCGGUGUGGUAUUGAGCAAAUGACUCUCGAAGUCCACGUCUAUGACCAGUCGUUGACAUACGUGUGUGAGAGAAUCAGUGCUGGGAAUGCAAGUAUAGGAUAAUGAUCCGUUUAACACACGUGGAUUGACUUCUGCUUGAUUCUUCUAUCAAGGAAGGAAGAAAAGGGUGCCUCGUUGUUGCUAUGGAGAUUACCUAUGCCUGGUUUAUCUUUCAAAGACGUUAAACGGUGAUUUUAUAUGAUGGUUUGGUGGAACUGAGUACCUUCAUGUGGUGAUCGACAUUGUGCUUUGAGACUUGAGACUUGUGGAUUUCUCCAACAAAAUGGCAUGAGAGAUAUCUGAACAAAACUGUAUGUAUUUACAAUCUGUGAAUUGGAAGAGACAGUAUCCGCUAUCUUAUGUAUUGUGUUCGUAUGUCCACUCUAAUCAAGAACACAUGGUGAGAGUUCAUUUCAUGUUACAAAUAUAAUUUUAAGUGUCAUUCAAGAAAAAAAACACUUUAUAAAGACCUCACAUGUUGGUUAUUCUAUCCGAGCACACCAAGCACCAAGUGAAAGUUUUUACUCGAACAUUCUCCCAAGACCCCCCAGAAGAUCGGCUGAUGAGAGAUUACUGUUUAGAGUCCGAUGAAGACUGCCGAUAUCACUUCAGCUAGAACACACACGAGAGGGUUGUGUUACGGUUCUCCUUUCAUCAGUCACGGUUCAGAGGAUAACACGAGGUAUAGUUCUAGGCUGAUUACAGCUGAGGAUAACAAGAGGUCUUGCUUACAUAGUAACAGACAAACACGACUACGAAACCUUCAUUUUCGCUUUAGAAAGCUUUCUAUUGUAUCCCUUAUGCUCCGUUAAACACGAACGUGUGAACCCCGGGCUUCAGGAAUACCUUGAUGAAAUAAUAUUAUUUCUGAAAUCCUUUUAUUUGCUUGUUGUGUUAGGCAACAACGACUUCAGUGGGACAUUAUAGGAGUGUAUUGGAGAUUGCUGCUUCGAGCCUCUCGUUGGCAUUGAAUGGAGAAGAAGUGAAUGACCAGAGUUUGGACUCUCAAAAGCAUAUAGCCAUUAUUGAAAGGCUCAAGUAGUCAUAUAAACUUCAACCAUGUUCCAGUCGCAGCAUUAUUUCGAGGGAUACUGUUCCACGCCUUCAUUCGUGAGGGAAAGAUCAAUGAACAGGAGUUUGACCCUGCUUCAGAUGACCCAGCACGUGCGGGACAGACACCAGAGACUCGCCACUCCGGACAAGGCCGCUGUAAUGGAUUUGUCCACUAGUUUUGAGAAAAGGCGUUUAGGUAAACAACAGCAGAUUCUCGCAGACAUCGCUGCCAGAUGUCGCGAACAGGAAAUCAACGACCUGUCCAGUGAGAUGGCAGAGAAGGUGGUUCUUCAGGAAGGAGCCCAAGAACCGGAAGUGUCAACAUACAUGACAAACUUCAUGGCGAGGAAAGAGAGAACGAUUGAAGAUCUGACUGACAAAGACGACAUCAAAACCCCUCGGAAGGAAGUCAGAAAAGGUAAAGCAAACCUACAGAGAGGCUACAAAUCAUUUCCUGCCAGAAAAAUAAUCAAGCAUCCAAGAAACGAAUUUCAAAAGGCAUCGCUCCCAAAAGUGAGGAUAGCUUAUAUCAAAGGGAUGCCCAGAGCGGUCCCUAACAGCAGAACCAGGCUUGUGGAGACCCGUCCAAUCAAUGGUCCAAUUCAACUGGAACAUUACAUCCAACCCAAGUUGGACCCCUUGGCCCCUCUCAUCCGGGACACAUCAAGUCUUGACAGUGAAUACCAGAACAGGAUUGAUUCCUACUUUUCAACUGCUCGUAUUAGUCUAGGAGCGAGAUCAAAGACAAUGUGGGAAACCGGAUCCGGUUUGAGUGGACCUAGUUAUAUGAGUCACAAAAGUGCAAAACAUCUGAAGCCGGUUAAGGGGAUGGUAUCUGAGUUUGGUCCUGUUAGUGAUUCCGAUUCGCCAGGGCCGCCGGCCAGUCAACUCAGCAAAAUCACUCAGUAAGAGGUUCUUAUACCGUUCUUGUAGCAUCCUCGAUUAUCCAGGGUACUAUAUUUCCAUUCCAUUAUAUUAUAUACCCUGGACCAAAAAAAGCUUUGUUUCGGAAUUGACGUCGCCCUCGUCAUCUAUUUAAUCACUAACUUAACACAGAAUUCAUCUCGCUCAUGACUGUCGGUUGGUUGGACGGGAAGUAUUGGCGUUGUGGCAUAUGAUUCGGGCUUAAAGCAAAGCUGUAGUAGUGUUGGUCCGGGAUAUUUACCAUAAUAGAAUGGAUAUACAACACUCUUGGUAAUCCGGGAUGGUUUUGGUAACACUAUUCGACAUACAUUUUAAUCUAAACACGCAAGUAUUUCUUGUUAGCAGAAUCCUGCAUUGUGCGCUUGAUCAUCAACUGAUUGAUAUAAACAUAAUGUCGUUGUGUGUUAGUUAUGCUGACGUUGUGUUUAGUGGCUAUAUCUAGUUUCGGCGUUGCCAUACUGAUCUUUACAUUCCUCCGAGACAAGAUCUUUAAAGAAACAAAAGUAUUGAUGAUUUCUUUCUAUCUGUGUACAAUGAUGAGAAUAAACCACUUGAAGCUU